GCCACGUAAAACCCUAAACAUGUAAUCCUUGCUCUCACUAUAAAUACCCAAAUUAAAAACCCGCCACUCGUGUGCCUUUUUUUUCACUGCAAAAAUCUCAAAAACAAAAUCCAGCCAAAACCGAAAAGCUCUACAGAUAAGACCGCCACCGCUGAAAAAAUGGAUCGGUACCAGAAGGUGGAGAAGCCAAAGGCAGAGACAGCUAUUAAUGAGAACGAAUUGAGGAUUACUGCGCAAGGAAGGAUGAGGAAUUACAUUUCUUAUGCUCUUUCUCUUCUUCAGGAAAAAGGCACAGAUGAAGUUGUAUUGAAGGCCACUGGUAGAGCUAUCAACAAGACUGUGAUGAUUGCCGAGUUGCUAAAGAGACGGAUUGUUGGCCUUCAUCAGAACACAUCAAUUGGGUCUAUUGAUAUAACCGACACAUGGGAGCCCUUAGAAGAAGGCCUACUUCCCCUAGAAACAACCCGUCAUGUUUCAGUAAUCACAAUUACCCUGUCUAAGAAGGAGCUUGAUCCAUCUUCCAUCGGAUAUCAGCUCCCAAUCCCUGCUGAUCAAGUGAAGCCAUUAGCUGAAUAUGAUGAUGAACGAGGUAAUAGUAAUGGUGUAGCAGAACAUAGCAAUGGGGGUUGGGAUGGCGGCCGAGGAUAUGGUGGUAGAGGUAGAGGUCGCGGAAGAGGUCGUGGCUACCGUGGACGUGGAAGAGGGUAUGGUGGGGGAAAUAAGCAGGAUUCAGGUUAUUACAACGGAUAUGGUGGACCGGCUGGAAUGCCUGCUCAAACCCGUGGUCGCGGUCAAGGACGGGGAAGGCCUCGUGGUCGUGGUCAAGGUUUUAGGUCCAGUGGGCCAGUCCAAGCAGCUGCAUGACUGGCAGUGAGGUAAAACACAAGUUUCCAGUGUGAAAAGAUGGAUUUGGAUGCCUGAUCUGCGCUGUAUCUUUUCAUGACAAUGGAGUUAAAAAAAAAUUUUAUGGGUUUUGAGACUGGAAAUUGUUUUCGUAAGCUGCAUUUUUGUAGGUAGGUACAGUUAUUUGCAGUAACAUUAGUCACUAGCUGUUAACAGGAGUGUUAUUUCGCUGUGUUAGUGUUGUACAAUUCUUGAGUUCUAAUUUUUUUUCCCUAUAAAUAACAGAGCAGUGCAUUCAUUUGUUUUGUAUUAGCAUUA